AUGACGCUGGCCUGUGGCCUUGUCCUCUCUCAUGACCUCUGUGUUUCAGGGAAAGAUGCCCAGAAGGGACUCCUGCUCUUCGAUGACCUCCCCCCGGCCAGCAGUACUGACUCAGGGCCAGGGGGACCUUUGCUUUUUGAUGAUCUCCCACCUGCUGGCAGCGGUGACCCAGGUUCCCUGGCUGCUCCGAUAUCCCUGGUGACGGAUGAGGGGAAAGGGGUGAAGAGAAAGCCCGCCGAGGAAGAGAAGAACGGCAGUGAAGAGCUUGUGGAAAAGAAAGUUUGUAAAGCUUCGUCCGCAAUCCUGGGUCUGAAGGGCUACGUGGCCGAGCGGAAGGGCGAGCGGGAGGAGAUGCAAGAUGCCCACGUCAUCCUGAACGACAUCACGGAGGAGUGCCGGCCCCCUGCGUCACUCAUUGCGCGAGUCUCCUACUUCGCUGUGUUUGAUGGACACGGAGGCAUCCGAGCCUCGAAAUUUGCGGCACAGAAUCUGCAUCAGAACUUAAUCCGGAAGUUCCCCAAAGGGGACGCAGUCUGUGUGGAGAAAAUGGUCAAGAGGUGCCUCCUGGACACCUUCAAGCACACGGACGAGGAGUUCCUUAAACAAGCCUCUAGCCAGAAGCCUGCGUGGAAGGAUGGGUCCACGGCCACGUGCGUGCUGGCUGUAGACAACACCCUGUACAUCGCCAACCUCGGAGACAGUCGGGCAAUCCUGUGCCGCUACAACGAAGAGAGCCAUAGACACGCGGCCCUGAGCCUCAGCAAGGAGCACAACCCCACGCAGUAUGAGGAGCGCAUGCGCAUCCAGAAGGCGGGGGGCAACGUCAGAGAUGGACGCGUUUUGGGCGUUCUGGAGGUGUCGCGCUCCAUCGGAGAUGGCCAGUACAAGCGCUGCGGGGUGACCUCUGUGCCUGACAUCAGACGGUGCCAGCUGACGCCCAAUGACAGGUUCAUACUGUUGGCCUGUGAUGGCCUGUUCAAGGUCUUCACCCCAGAGGAGGCCGUCAACUUCAUCCUGUCCUGCCUUGAGGAUGAGAAGAUCCAGACCCGGGAAGGGAAGCCCGCUGUGGACGCCCGCUACGAGGCAGCCUGCAAUCGGCUAGCCAGCAAGGCGGUGCAGCGGGGCUCUGCGGACAACGUCACGGUGCUGCUGGUGCGGAUCGGGCCGUGA